CGGGGCAAUGUAAUUUGAAACCAUUGUAUAUGCUACAAUUAGUACCCAAAUCUCUUUAAUAUUUUACUCUACAGUCUACAAAAUGGAUUGAUAUAUUGGUUAAACUAAUCCUGCACUUAACACACAUAUGAUAAAAAGAUGGAGCACUCACAACUUGAAUACCAAUCAAGCACAGAAAUAUACUAUUAUAAAAUGGAUAUAAUGAUAUUAGAAGACUGCUGUAAAAAACAAGGGUUUUUACCACCUGAAGAUUAUUCUCUCAUGCAUGGCCGAACAGUCCUUGAUUUAACAUUGUCCAUUCGCUAUUUAAAUUUAACAAACAAUGCUAAGCUAGAAUUAGUGAAAGCAGCAACACCACGAAAAGAAUCUGAGAUAAUAGUUGCCUUACAAUUGUCUGAUGGUACACGACUUCAGAAAAGUUUUCUGCCUCAAGUAACAUUAUGGGAAAUAUUACAACACUGGCAGAAGGAAGCAGACAGCUCUUUGCAACCACUUUUAACAACAGAAGUUGAUACAAGCGGCUCAACAUGUGUGCACCCUAUUUGUAUAUAUAUGAGGGAAGAGAUUAUUGGAGAAAUUGCUUUGAAAACCACACCCUUACGGAAAUUAGGACUUACUGGCGGCAAAGCAGUUAUACGGCUAGUUCACAGACAAGUUGAUGAUGUUACCUAUGCUCAAAUUAUACAGAAGAUUGAUGCAGAAACUGCCAAGAAGAUGAAAUUAGAUCAGAUAGCAGCCAAGCAUUUAAGAGAAGAGAAAAAUGAAAGAGAAUUGCAAGCUGUUAGGGAUGUUGGUGAUAGUUCUUCUGAUAUGAUGGAAAUAUCUCAAGAGGCACCUAAACCUGUUUCAGCGGCCCAACCAAAUAUGCAGAUCUCAGGGCAUCUUACUUCUCCACAGGAUGUGGCACAGCGUGAUCAACAGAGAGAAUUUAAACAACAGCAGCAACGAAAACUCCAAGAAAGAAAUUUUGCCAAUGAGAGGCUAGUUCAUGGAGAAACUGAAGGCACUACUGAUCAUGAAAUUGUACAGGACACCAACAGGGAAGCUGUCAAAAAGAUAAAAGUGGAAGCGAAAGCAGACAUACAUUUAAGAGAAAGAAAAACUGAAAAGGAAAUGGAAACUGUUAGGGAUGUUGGUGAUAGCUCCUCUGAUUGUAUGAUGGAAAUAUCUCAAGGGGAACAUAGUUCUGUAUCAGAGACUCAACCAAAUGUGCAAUCCUCAGGGCAUGAAGAAAAUCUUAUUUCUUCACAGGAAAUGAUGUGGCAUGAUCAACAGAGAACGUCUACACUUCAACAACAACAACAACAGCAGCAAAAAUUGCGAGACAGAAAUUCUUCUCAAGAGAGUGAUAAAGAAAGUGAUGAUUUUCAGAUACCUGAACGAAAUACUCUGAUAUUUUAUCAAGGUGAAAAGGAAAAUGAACAAACUACAUAUGAAGAUCUUCCUGAUGAAUUUUUUGAGGUUACAAAAGCAGAUGUGAUGACUAUGAUGCAUGAUCUUCAGAAAAGAUUCCAAGAGCUUGAAAACGUGCCUUUAAUGACAAAGUCUGCAAAAGAAGCCAAACUGUUUCAAAAGUAUGCAAAAUACAAAGCAGCAACUAUAAGAAUACAUUUUCCUGAUCGUAUGGUAUUGCAGGGAACAUUCCAUCCUAAAGAAGAAGUGGCUGCUUUACAUCAGUUUGUGAGAGACAACUUAGAAGAUAGUAACACAGUAUUUCAUCUCUAUAUCUCUCCUCCAAAGAAAACUUUGAAAAACAUGAGCGAAAGCUUGAUUUCAGCAAAGCUUGUUCCGGCUUCCAACGUAUUUUUUAGUUCUACAUGCAACAAAGCUCCAUUUUUAAAAGCUGAUUUGUCAGCUCAUAUUACAUGCAAAAAGAAUAUAGAUAUUAGCUUUCCAUAUUCAGAAAAAAAUAAUAAAAAAGAAACUGCUUCAUACAAGUCCUCUCAAGCUUCUACUUCUCAAGAAAAUCCAUCAACGUCCACUCCAAAGCCAUCAGGAUCAACAUCUACUCCAAAGCCAUCAGGAUCAACACCAAAGCCAUCAGGAUCUCAAAAUUAUGAGAAUUUUGUUCCCAAAUGGUUCAAACUGGGUCAAAUAACACAGCUUCCAGCAAAAAUGGUUGAAACUGAUUAGAAAAUAUCUUACUGACAAGUUGAGAUAUUUUCAUUUCUAUUUUAUAAAUUAAAUUGUUACAUAAGUCUUACCAACUAAGUUGGUUUUGUAAUGGUAUUUCUUUAUUAUUAUUAUUACACAGGGUGAGUUUUAGUUACUUCUGUUUUUUUUUUUCUGAAGUUCUUAAGGCUCUUCAAUAAUUAUUCAUGUUCUUACUGCUUUAAUGAACAGAAAUAAUUGUACACUGAGUAAAAUAUUUUUUGCUUUCUUUGCUGAUAUCCAGUUAAGCUCAGACGUUUUAGCCCAGAAAUGAACUUCUAUUUAUGGACUAAAAUUGUUGGCAUUUUACAAAAAUAGAAAUAAAAAAUGAACUGUUAAUGAAUUACAUUCGUGAUAACAAAAGAAGCAAGUGAUAAUUAUUGCAGAUACCAAAGACUUUUCUCAAAUAUAGUGUUUCUGGCUCUAGAAAUAGAACCUUGUGAUACUUUAUAUCACAACUUGCAUAACAUAGAAGGAAUAUUCUGUUCACAUCCCAUACUGUUUAUAUGCAUACACACAAGCAGAAGCUGCUUAUUGUAACAACUUUUUUUGAUAACAUGAAGCAAAUAAAGAAUUUGAGAUCACCCAAGUUCAAUAGGAAAAUGGUUAAUAAUGUUAUUCAUGAUAGUUUGAGAUCCAGCAAUUUUAAC